CACUGAUGCACACUGAUAGGCAGCACUGACAGGCACUGAUAUGCGGCACUGACUGGCACUGAUAGGUGGCACUGACUGGCACUGAUGGAUGACACUGAAAGGCAGCUCAGAUGGGCACUGAUAUGUGGCAUUGAUGUGCACUGGUAUGCACUGAUGUGUGGCAUUGAUGUGGCACUGAUAGGCACUGGCACGUGGCACUGAUCGGCACUGACAGCUGGCACUGAUGGACUUUGACAGGUGGCACUGCUGGGGCUACACU